CCCGCCCCGCUUGUUUUGGUUUCACGUUUCAGCGGUACCGGGCGGGAGGGAGGAGGCUUUCCGGGGGCCGGGGCCCCCCAGCACCAUGCCGCUGGUCCGCUACAGGAAAGUAGCCAUCCUAGGCUACCGCUCCGUGGGCAAGACGUCCCUGGCGCACCAGUUUGUGGAUGGAGAAUUCCUGGAAUGCUACGACCCCACGGUGGAGAGCACUUACAGCAAGACUCUGACCGUGGGCAAAGAUGAGUUUCACCUGCAGCUGGUGGAUACAGCGGGACAGGAUGAAUACAGCAUUCUCCCCCACUCCUUCGUCAUCGGCGUCCAUGGUUACGUCUUGGUCUACUCUGUCACCUCCCUGCGCAGCUUCCAGGUUGUCAAGAGCCUGCACCACAAGCUCUAUGAGAGCCGGGGGAAGACAAGGAUGCCUGUGGUGCUGGUGGGAAACAAGGCUGACCUCUCUCCCAAGAGUAGAGAAGUGCGGACAGAAGAAGGGAAGAAGCUGGCGGAGUCCUGGGGUGCUACUUUCUUGGAGUCAUCAGCCCGGGAGAGCCAGGUGACGGAAAGCAUCUUCACCAAGAUCAUUGAGGAGAUCGCUCGGGUGGAGAAUUCCUAUGGGCAAGAGCGCUCCUGCAGCGUCAUGUGAGGGCCUGGAUGGGCCCAGGGUCACCGCCCAGCCCCUUCCCUCAAAUCCCCCCACCCCUGUUGCUAGGGGAGGCCUUAGGCCUGCUCCUUCAGGGGUGGGGGCCCUUCUAGACUCUACGGGUAUUUUGGUGCUGCUAGUGCCCCAGCCUACGUGGGUACAAUUGGCACCGUUGCAUUUGCACAGUCUCCCCAGGCCCACCUGCCUGGGCACCAAUGUUUACAAAGGGGGCAAGGAGGACUAUGGCUCCACGUUUGGGGGGGGUCCCCCCAACCUCCCCCGACCACCUCUCUACUUCCUGUUGCUGGGGAAGGAGCUAUGUUACUGCCUGGAGUGAAGGUCCAGUGCGUGUGUCUGUCUCUCUCUCGCCAGGGGGGAGAGCAGGAAGCCAGCACCCUAGGCCAGGGGCUGUAGAGGGCUGGUUGCCCCUUCAGUGGCUGGGGCUGGCUUCCCUGGUUGGCAGUUUGCAAAUAAAAAUAAGAAGUUUCUUUUU